AUGACUACACAUAACACUGACGAGCAACAUCUUUUUCCUUCACAAAUUUCUAAAAGACCUAUCACUACUACUCGUCCAGUAAAAAAUGCUAAGUCUAAGAUUAAAUCAACGACUAUACCACCACCAUCAUCAUCAUCAGAUCAAUUGACAAAUACCAUCAUAACACAUACAGAAACUACACCAAAGACACGUAUUGUUGUAGUCCGUUCAGCGGGUAAGGCAUCAAAUGAGGAAGUAGAAACAACUGAGACAAAAGAACAUGACAAACCGAAUUCAAUCCAAUUUCCACCGGUGCUAACUGAUGGACGUACAUCUGUUUAUCUUAUUCGACGACCUAUUCCACCACCUGAAUUAUCAGUACAAACAAAAAUAUAUGUACCACCAGGUAGUGAACCACCACCACCACCAACUGACGAUUUGCAAGAUGUAGAUACAUCUACUCCUACAGAAGAUACUGUAACUUCGCCUAGUCAAGUUCAUUCAUCUGUAAAACGUCCAAAAACUUCCAAACAAAGUUCGACUUUUACACGUUCUGAAAGUCCUCAACAGUAUUCACCUGUGAAUAUACCUAAUGAAACUCUUACUAUUCAUUCUCCUGACAGUUCAAAACAACUUAUAUCUUCACCUACACAAUCUGUGGCCCCUCAACAAAUUAGAUAUAGAUCGAGAUCGAAAUCUCGAACACGAAAUUUAGUUCGUUCCGAUUCCCGAAAUCGAUCAAUUUCAAGACAUCGUUCACGUAGUCAACGUCGAAUAUCUCCAACACAUCGUUUAUCAUCUGCAUCACAUGCCACACAAGAAGAACCUAAAGAUACUGAUCGAAAACGAAAUUUUCCUCCAUUUUCACAAAUAAAAACUAUAGUUAUACAAAGUAAUUCAGUUCCUUCUGAAACAACUAAAAAUGAACAACAAACAAUUCAAAAUAUUGCUCCAACAGUAACACAAAAUUCUCAACGAAAAAGAUCACCUUCUCAACGAGUUAAAUCCUCUAAAUCAAUUGUACUUCUUAAUCCAGAAGAUCAAACUAUUGCUGUUGUAGAAAAUCCAUAUGUGAAAGGAGAAUCAAUAAUACCAGAUGGACAAUCAAAAGGAGAAUCAGACAAUGGAUCCCGAUGGAAUACAUGUCUUGAUUGUCUAUCAAGACGUAAAUGUUUAGUUAUUAUUAUUUGUGUUAUCCUUGCUGUAAUUGGUUUAGCUGGUGUUGGUGUCAGUGCUUAUUUUCUUGCUAAUAAUUCUCAAACAAAUCUAAUUCCGAAAAUUGUUGGUAUAGUUGUCGGUGGUAUAUUAGCUAUAAUUGCAUUAACUUUCUUAUAUUGCGUACUUGCAUGUAUUGAUUCUCGUGAUGGUUACUUUUCAUAUAAUGAUGAUGCUCCGCAUGGUAAUGGUAGAGCUUUUGCACUAAUACCAUCGUCACAUCCGAAUGGUCAUCUUUAUGAUUCUCGUGAUAAUAAGGAAUUACAUAAGAAUAAUCGAACAUCAUCAUUAAAUUCUGUUUCUACUAGAUCAACUAUUCAUCAAAAAACAAUAAAUCGACAAAAAUCAAUAAAAAAUGAUAUAAAUAGUACAACAAAUGCUAAAAAUAUAAUAAUUCAAAUGCCUGAACGUCUUUUAACAGCAAGAAAAGAAUCACCAAAAUCGCGAGAACGUAAAUUAAAUAAUGUAGUAAAUAAUAUUGGACGUAUUGUUCAAGAUGCUAAAAAACGAUAUAAUGGUGAUGUACCAAAUAAAGUUAUUGUCAAAGUCGAUGAAAAUGUUCAACCAUCUACUUAA